CUUACCUUGCUCCCGAGGAAUGUUCACGCUGAGGAAGGAAUUCUACCUUGCAAAGCCGUACUACUUACACGGAUAUUUUGAGUUUGAAAUCGUUAAUGUGCAGUAAUACUGUUGUUAAGUAGACAGUGAAAUAAUGGAUUCAAGCCCGAUUCUAGUAAUGACAGCCAUUCUUACGAUCGCAUCAUCGGACUCAGGUUUCUUCUGGCAUAUCACCGAUUUCCACUAUGACUUCACCUACCACGACCGACAACUCUCGUGUAACCCAAAUGCGAAGCCCACGCAUCCCGGGCAGUUUGGAGACUUUUGGUGCGACUCUCCAUGGAAGCUUGUGAACAGUUCUGUGCAUGCCAUGGCGAAGCUAAAACAAAACGCAGACUUCAUUCUAUGGACGGGAGACACCGUUCUACAUGCCAGCGAUUCUGACCUAAACUACGAUGUCAACGCUGCCAUCCAUAAAAACACGACGGAUUUGAUAAAGAGCGUUUUACCCGGUGUGCAUGUCUAUGCAUCCUUCGGUAACCAUGACUAUUGGCCGAACAACCAAUUUCCACCCGCUAACAACAGACUUUAUAACGAUACUCUCGAAAGAUGGGGGCCGUGGAUUAAUGAUUCUUCUCAGGACAACUAUUUCAGAAAAGGUGCUUAUUACACUGUGAAGACGCCGCAGGGUCUGCGGAUCAUCUCGCUGAACACCAACCUGUACUACACCUCCGACAAGGAAACCGUCAAUGUCUCCGACCCCGCCGAUCAGCUCCAAUGGCUGAACGCUACACUGGUUAACGCUAAGACCAGUAAUGAAAAGGUCCUGAUCACAGCUCACAUUUCUCCCGGGGUUCACACGCCAAGUAGCAUACUUUGGAUGCACGAGAAGUUCCACACACCUUUGGUUGAUAUUCUCCAGACACAUGCUGACAUCAUUGUUGGCAUGUUUUUCGGACACGACCAUUCAGAUGGAUUCAAAGUUUUACCUGACAAAACGGGCACGUCAAUGGCGCCGAUUUUCAUCGCCCCUUCUGUUACGCCUUGGCGGUAUGUAAUUCCCAACGAGAUCGGUCCCGCCCACAACCCUGGCAUCCGGCUAGUUGAGUACGACAGGACCACUGGAAGGCCGCUGGACAUCACUCAGUACUAUCUUGAUCUGAAAACGGCGAAUCAGAACGCCACUGAUAAUUGGGAAGUCGAAUAUGAAGCCAAAAAAGACUACGAAAUACCAGAUUUAACCGCAGCCACACUUGCGAAACUUGCUUCGAAGAUAAAGGAUCCUGGAAGCAAAGAGUUUAAGAAUUACUGGAGGUUCUAUACAGUGAGCGCACCGACGGAGAUGCUGGAAGCGUGCGUGAAUGACUGCCACAGCGCUGUGUAUUGUGGACUUACUUUCUUUGAUAUGGACAGUUUUCGAGCCUGCCAAAACAAGAUGAUCUCCGGAUCAUCCCAAUUGUUUUCUGUCGGACGAAUGAUGACCACGUUCGUAACAUCUGGAUUGCUUAUUGCUAUCGCUUUGUAGCAACGAAUUAGCAUUCGUCAUGGAUCAUAAUGGCAUGUGAUCGUUAUUGCCCCUAUUUAAAUAUUACAGUGUAAUCCCUGUCGAAUUCAUUUUUAGGUUUUUUAUUUGUAAGUUCAUCAUGUAAACAAACUGUCAUUUUUAAUUAAAUUCACUCAACCAUCACAUUCUCAAAUUAAGCAGAUGAUGGUUUGAUAUUUUAAGUGUUCGAUUAACAGAUAAUAAUCAUUAAAAUAUGUUUUGUGUAAUGAUGAUGAACAUAACCUGAAUUAUAAAAUUUAAUGGCAAUGUCCGAACUACACAGAUUCUUGUCCGAUCGUAGUCUUGCCAUAUUUUUUUCCGGUUAUAAUCAUAUCUAACAAUGCUCUUAAUAAUACGACUAUAAGGUAACUUAAGAAACUAUACAUUGUCAUUUAAUAUUCAUAUGUGUUUUUAUUUGCGUAAACGUGACCAUUCCUAAAAAGCUAUUUAGCUGUUUCAUCAUUCCGUUUAAUUUGUUCCCGUAUUAUGUCUUCCCUGUCGUGACAAGUUUGUUAAGGUCAGAUAGAAGUAUAUUCACUUAUUGUUAAAUACAGAAUACAUUGUAUUGUUGACA